AUAUAUAAUUUUUGAAAUAUGGUUUUUUUAGCAUCCGUGGUUAUCCUGAGGAUAUAAAAACUUAUGGACUUGUAUCAUCAAUGGCUGGUUCAGCACAAUCAUUUGGAAACUUUGUAGGACCUUCACUUGGUGGAUAUUUAUUAGAAAAAAUAGGAUUUUCUUGGGGUGCAUUAGUCUUUGCAGGAGCAGAAAUUUUAUUGGUUUUCUUUCUGUUUACCUACGUUAGUAUAAAGUGCUGCAGAAGAAGAAAAACUGAAGAAAAAUCAUACAGUUCAUUAAAUAAUGACUAUAGUUCAAUGAGCAGUUAAAAAUUAAGUUAUAUCAACAGAACUUGAUUUUCUUAUCAAUCACUUUAAACAUUUUCUAGUAUCUUGAAAACAUGACUAUCUUUUUUUAUUAAAUGAAAGGCUAAAUUUUCUAAAUAUUCAUCAGACAGUUGCAGUUUAACAAAUGCUGAAAUUCAAAUAUUUGUUAAACUACAACAGUUUGACGAUGAAAUAACAAACAUUUGAAAAUUAUUAGCCUUUCAUUUAACAAAGAAAUAUUUUCUGGCUUCUUGAAAAUGUGAAUUUAGAUAAAGUGAUAGUUAAGCACAUGGAGCCGUCACAUUCCCAGAAUCAAUUUUAUUAUUUAUUUUAUUGAAUUCUACAUAUCAAGAAUGACAUAAUAUAUUUAUACAGUAGAGUCUUGAAAACUUGGCCUAAUGUGGA